GAAAGUUUUUAUAUUUUGCUAUAAGCAAAUGUUUCUGAUAAGAAAAAUCCUCCAAAAAGCUCUAAAUUCAAUUCUGAAGUUGUGAGAUUUUAAAUUGUGUCGGACAUCACGGCUGAUAUUUCACGAACUCAUAUAAUGGUCCCACCAUUAUAUGUACUUGAAAGGCUACUGUUGUUAAUGACAUUUUACGUCAAAAUAAGAGCUUCUUAUUACAGUCCGGUAUACGUGUGGGGUGCUCAUUGCACGGAGAUACCCUCAUUGACAGUAACUGAAUCUUACUAUUUCGGAACAAAAAUGACACCACUGCUUAAGAACCACUGCAUAGUAGCCUUUGUGGAAAAAAAUCUAACUCAGAACGACUUUCUUUGUACUCAAGCAGUUACAAGGCAGCCAUGUUUUCAACAUAUGAAACAAUACACUCCAGCGACCUAUAUUAAUUUAGUCGAGGAUCCGAUCCAAGCGCUGCGGACGAUAUCACAACAGAAACUGAAUAUUUGGAUUAACAAUACGGGACAGAAAACAUAUCCGAUUGACUGCACUCCUGGCAUAAUUAAUUUUAUAUAUUUUAAUGAUACCGUCCGAAUGGAACGAAAUCAGAGGCUUAUUCAUCAUGAUAAAAUAAUUGCGAGUAUAAAUUGCGAUAUGAAAUAUGAAAAUAAAUCUGCUGUGUAUAUCUAUAUGUCAAAAGAAAACCCGGAACAUAUCAAGUUAAUAGAUACUAUUCAUAAACGUGAACGUCGCAAUGCGAGUGAAAGUGAUAGUUCUGCUCCAACUGAUAGCUCUGCUCCAACUGAUAGUUCUGCUCCAACUGAUAGUUCUGCUCCAACUGAUAGUUCUGCUCCAACUGAUAGUUCUGCUCCAACUGAUAGUUCUAAUAAUAGUUCUAACAAUAAUUUUUUUUUUGCCUCGAAAGAAUUUGUAUUGGAGUUUACUAAAUUGGAAUUGAAGUAUAAUAACAAUAGUGCGAAGAACUUAAGUAUCUCCAAUAUGGAUUGCACCACUUCUAACAUCUUAUUAUUAGUAACGCUGACAACAUCCAAUUCAUCAAAAAUAAUAUUUAAUAUAUCGCUUAUUCAGAACUAUAAUAUCGUAAGUAGCAUAGAGUACAACAAAUGCAAGAUACAUCCAUUCCUAUUUGAAAUACCCAGCCAAUUCUCGUAUCUUUGCAAGUCGUUGGAAGUUAAAUGUAAAGAUUUUGUGAUAACGUUCGACAGUGUGCAAUUUGAGGUUCUGUAUAGAUUAAAAAAUCCUCCGACCAAAAAACCUGAAUCCAGAGAAAAAUUUCAUUUCAAGCCGCCAUGGAACUGCGUUGGAUUCGUGACGCCGGCGAUUGCAUCCGGAAUUUUCGUGAUCAUUUUCAUAGUAUCAAUUACUCUGUGUGGAAUCAAUUGGAUAGCUAACAUAAGCGGAUGUGACCUCUAUGACGACCCUACGAAGCCAACAAUAACAAUACCACUAACCGCGCAUUGACAUCAUUUAGUGUAUAUGAUAUCAUAUACAUAUACACGGAUUUAAGUAUGCUGGAAUUGUUGAAAAACUAAAUUCUGUAAUUAACCUGUGUCCAUUAAACAAAUAAAAAUAAGUGAUAUAUAUUUUGUUGUA